CGCUCGGUAAGGGUCCGGAAGUGGAUCGCGCGAAGAUUCCUGGGCGGUUCUUGCCGGAAGUGAAGAGCGGUUGAUCGCUGUACAGAGGUGGUACAUUAUGGCUGACAUGCAAAAUCUGGUAGAAAGAUUGGAGAGGGUAGUGGGCCGCCUGGAGGCCGUGUCCCAGGCCUCUGACAUGCACCGUGGAUAUGGAGACAGCCCUUCAAAAGGAGCAGCUCCACAUGUGCAGGCAUUUGACUCGCUGCUCGCAGGUCCUGUGGCAGAGUACCUGAAGAUCAGUAAAGAGAUUGGAGGAGAAGUGCAGAAACAUGCAGACAUGGUACACACAGGUCUGAAGUUGGAGCGAGCUCUCCUGGUUACAGCCUCUCAGUGCCAGCAGCCAGCAGCUAAUAAGCUUUCUGAAUUGUUAGCACCUAUCUCAGAGCAGAUCCAAGAAGUGACAUCUUUCCGGGAGAAGAACCGAGGCAGCAAGUUGUUUAAUCACCUGUCAGCUGUCAGCGAAAGCAUCCAGGCCCUGGGUUGGGUAGCUAUGGCUCCCAAGCCUGGUCCCUACGUGAAAGAAGUGAAUGAUGCUGCCAUGUUUUAUACAAACCGAGUCCUCAAGGAAUACAAAGAUGUGGAUAAGAAGCAUGUGGAGUGGGUCAAAGCUUACUUGAGUAUAUGGACAGAACUGCAGGCUUACAUUAAGGAGUUCCAUACGACCGGCCUCACCUGGAGCAAAACGGGGCCUGUGGCAAAAGAGCUGAGUGGCUUGCCAUCUGGACCCUCUGCCGGAUCGGGUCCUCCUCCCCCUCCACCUGGCCCGCCUCCCCCUCCAGUCCCCACCAGUUCAGGCUCAGAUGACUCUGCUUCACGCUCAGCACUGUUUGCCCAGAUUAACCAGGGGGAGAGCAUCACACAUGCCCUGAAACAUGUAUCUGAUGACAUGAAGACUCACAAGAACCCCGCCCUGAAGGCUCAGAGUGGUCCCGUACGCAGUGGCCCCAAACCAUUCUCUGCACCUAAACCAGGAGUCAGCCCCUCCCCGAAACCAGCUGCAAAGAAAGAGCCACCUCUACUUGAACUGCAGGGCAAGAAGUGGAGAGUGGAAAAUCAAGAGAAUGUUUCCAACUUGGUGAUUGAUGACACAGAGCUGAAACAGGUGGCUUACAUAUACAAGUGUGUCAAUACAACAUUGCAAAUCAAGGGCAAAAUUAAUUCCAUUACAGUAGAUAACUGUAAGAAACUCGGUCUGGUGUUCGAUGACGUGGUGGGCAUUGUGGAGAUAAUCAAUAGUAGAGAUGUCAAAGUUCAGGUAAUGGGUAAAGUGCCAACCAUUUCCAUCAACAAAACAGAUGGCUGCCACACUUACCUGAGCAGGAAUUCCUUGGACUGUGAGAUAGUCAGUGCCAAAUCUUCUGAGAUGAAUGUCCUUAUUCCUACAGAAGGUGGUGACUUUAAUGAGUUCCCAGUCCCUGAGCAGUUCAAGACCGUAUGGAAUGGGCAGAAGUUAGUCACCACAGUGACAGAAAUUGCUGGAUAAGCGAAGUGCCACUGGGUUCUUUGCCCUCUCCCUUCACACCAUGGGAUAAAUCUGUAUCAAGACGGUUCUUUUCUAGAUUUCCUCUACCUUUCUGCUCUUAAACUGCUUCUCUGCUCUGAGGAGCACAGCUACCUGCCUUCACUGAAAUAUACCUCAGGCUGAGAUUUGGGGUGGGAUAGCAGGUCAGUUGAUCAUCUGCAGGAAGGUGCAGCUUUUCUGUAUCAGCUCAACCACACCACCAGUUCAUUCUUAAGGAACUACAGACCAGGAUUGGUAGGUUUUGGCUUUCAGCUUUUGGGGGUUAUUCUACCAAAAGUCUUUUGGGAAGAAUAAAACAGUCCCUAGGAAUUAACCGAUCAGAAUGUUCACAUAAAUUAAUCUUUUUCUAACAACGCACAUGAGUGUAGCAGAAGCUGGUGUGAUUUCAGCUGGUUCUUCUAACCAAACUAAUUUUUCACUGUUGAUAAGUUAGGUAAGGGUUGAACUGGACCAAAGGCUGAGGCUUGGCCAUCUAGCAUUCCAAGCAAAAUUGUUUCCCAUAAGCAUUCCUUUUAUUUUGCAUUCCAUCCUGGGUCUGCCUGAACCAUGAAAUAGUAGGUUCUCCUGUACUGGCUGCUGUAGCAGUAUCUUGCACCCUGGGCAGUUAGAGGAGUCCUGGAGCCUUUCUCUGGGAUCCCUGCCUAGCAUCUUCCUACAGAGAUGACUUUUUUUAACAAAGGGAAAACAAGAACACACCAUUCCAAGGAAUCUGGCAUUCCUUACUCCUUCUGUGCUAGGUGCCUGUCAUCCACCUUCACUGCCUCCUUUUUCCUGUCAUGCUCAGCAGCUUAUGGCUUCUGUCCAGGCACCUGAACAGAGGGCUAAAACCUCCACUGUGGGCUGGUUUUAGGUCUUGAUUUACGUAAGAAUCUUGCACAGCAUUGCUAGUGUAAAUUUCAGUUUUUCCCUCUAGGACAUACACUUACCAAAAUAUGCAACUUUUUUGGUGGGAAGAGAAAUUGUCCUGUGACUUCUACCGAUUUCCUGAGGCCUGUGGAAAUAAACCUUUAUGUACUUAAAGUUAUACAGAAAAUAGAAUAAAGUUAAUACCAAACUUG